CGGAACAUGAGUUUGCAGCCCAUUCAAAGUCCGUCAAGACCCUCAGCAUUGUCGAACUUCGCAGCCCAAAACAACAAUACGACAACACCCCCCCUCUCGAACUUGAAACCAACCGAGUUGAAUUCGCUCCGCGCCGCCACACCAAAGCAUGAACUCACGAGUCCAACACAAUCCAAGCCACAAACGUCGGCGUCCGCCUCCUUUGCCAAACUUGAGCCCCCAUCUAACUCGUUGAUGCCCAAACAUUCGACCGCUUUGUCAUCGUUCGCAGCACAUGAAGCUGCAGCAACAUCCCACAAACCACCCGCCACUUCAUCGUCGGCACUGUCAUCGUUUGCUGCGUCGGAAGGGCUGGCUCCUCUAAAAAAAAUUUCAGCCCUCGCCUCCUUUGCAGCCCACGAUACAACGCUAGUACCGUCAACAUUACCAACAAGUAGUCUCAAAAGUCCCCUGGGCAAGUAUGGUCGACCACUGGGUAGCAUUGGACUCAAUGUAGACAUUCCAGUCGAAGCAAAAGAGCAUGAACAAAAUGAAGUCGAGAUUGACGACAACUGCGACGCCAAAUCCAUCGAGAAGGCAUUACCAACCAAGGUUGAAGCAAAGGGAGUUAGAUCCGCCUCGAGGCAUAGCAGGGUCAGUCGAAGUGAUUUCCCCAAAGAACAUACCAGGCACAGUAGUUCCAGUGAUGACAACGACGAUGACGAUACCAGUGAUGUGAAAGAAUCAGAAACCAGUGAUGACGAGCCGAAGGGCACAAGAGUAGCAUCGAAGGCAUCGAUGUACGAUGACAAGGAGAUCGCGGCUGCUCAUGACCACAAGGAAUCGUCCCAGAAUGGCAAACCUCGACAACGUCGCCCCCCUCCCCUUGCCUUCACCGCCAAAUUCUCCAUCCACGAGCCAAUUCUGCACGCGAUCGUGAAGGAAGACGUGACAGAAUUGAAACAAUUCCUCGCGUCGAGUUCGUUGGCCCACCUUGGCACGAUUCGAGAUGACAUGAACCGCACAGUGAUGCAGUACGCCGUGGGGCUCGGCAAUCAAGACAUUUGUACGGUGGUGUUGGGGUAUCCCCAAACUUGUGGGUGCGCCCCCGCCAGUCCGUUGAAGCAUCACGACACAAGCCCACGUCGGCGACAACGCCCUUCUUCCCCCUCGAAACCUCAUUGCAGCCCAAAAUCCCCUAACAGCCAUGAUACCGCUGCUGGUCUGGCCAUCUUAUUGUUUGGGCUACUAGAGCCCGUGGAUUGCCAUCGUCGAAAUGUCCUGCAUUACAUGUGUCAUUCCAAGAAUCCUCACGUGAGCCAGUUCAUUCACGAUCAUCCGUGCAUUGUUCGGUGCAUUCGCAAGCACAUUGGCCACUUUGAUGUCCAAGAUGACUUUGGCAUGUAUCCGUUGAGUUAUGCUGCGCUCAAUGGCCACCGUUCGUCGAUUUCAGAGUGCUUUCAACUGGGAUGUGGUACUGACUACGACGAAGCUGAUGUGGCUGCUAUUCUCGACGCUGCCGCCCCAGAUACUUCGCUGCGUCGAGCGCUUUUGGACGGGUUUGAGCUGGUCGACCGACAACGCAAGGCAUCACCCAAGAGACCUGACCAAUGUGCAGUGUCCAUUCAACCUCGGAUGGAAUACUUUGGGCAAACGGACAUCAAUCUAUCGUCGGGGUCUGUGUUGCAGACUUCCCUGCACAAAAUUGCUCAGUUUGGAUGUGUGGAUGCCUUGGACUACGCGCUCAGCCACAAUGCGGACGUGAAUGCGGUCGAUGCCAACGGAUGGACAGCACUGCAUUACUGUGCAGCUAAUUUGGACCACGAGGAGGCCACGGCCGCCAUCGCGUCGGCACUGCUUGCAUGCGACACCGUUGACCUGAACGUUCCUUCCAUGCAAGGACGUACGCCGUUGCAUAUAGCGGCGUCCGCCGGUCGUGACGACGUGCUGCAACUCCUACUCCUUCACGGCGCCAAUCUAAAUGCCGUCGACGACCACGGCAUGACGCCGCUACACGCAAGUGCUCUGGCGGGGCAUGUGUCUGUAGCCCAUAGUCUGCUUGUGGCAACUCUCGAUGCUACGUCACUCGGCUCGAACGAUUCAAAAAUUGCGAUCACAUUACAUCAUCGUCGGACCUGCACGAAAGAGAACGCCCUACAUAUCGCAGCCAGAGCUGGUCACAUCCACAUGGUGCGACUGUUGUGUGCAUGGGAUGUCGAAGGUCGCGACUGGAGUCGUGAAAAGGACUGCCACGGCCACACGCCAAUUCAAGUGGCUAAAAAUAGUGUCACGCGAGAGGCUUUUACGAAUGUAUGGCAGGCAGCGUGGGAUGGCCACCCUGACAAGCUGCAAGCUUGUUUACAUGAUCGUCGCAGCCGCCUCGACGACGACCUAGCCCCCACGCCGCGUUCGCAUAAAACACUGCUGCACUUGGCGGUCAUGGGGUUUGCAAGGGAAGGGGCUGCUACUACCAAGAAGCUCGGACAUUCUCGUUCUUUGGAUGCAAAUGUCGAAGCCCGGUAUGGCCAAACGAUCCGACUCGCCCGACAGGCGCUGGAAGCGUCUGGUCAGUCUCCGAGUGCCGGUGACGAUGUGGGGGUCACCCCCCUGAUGUUGGCGGCAGCUUGUGGAAGUGUACGUAGAGCGCACAAUUGCUCUUUGUGCUAAGUUAUUAGCUGCCUAAAAUGAUACUGCUGCUGCUGAAGGUAUUGCUGGCGCAGGAACUAGUUGCACAAUCAAGCAAUGACAGCGUUGGCGCUACAGACGGUCGAGGCAACACAGCCCUUCACUACGCGUAUGCGUAUUGCCACGGCCCGAUGGCUCGAUGGAUCGAGCGUCAAGACGCCGACCAGGCAGUGAGUUGAUGACUUGAGUGAAAAGACCUUUGUGGCAACAUGGGACUUUGUAGGCGGUGGAGAACGACGACCACCUGACGCCGCUAGACGUGUCAGGAUUUCGACACAAAAUUCACCCGUCCUGCGAAAACAGCAACAGAGGGCAGCUUCCUGACGAAGAGUCGAAGGAAGGGGAUGGCCACGACGGACUAUGAUGUAAACACCACAUGGACACGAACGACAUGUGUAGCCAACGCGUUAGGUGAUGCCAGUUGGUUGUGGCUAAACUGUUAUUUUACCCUUGAAUCGUCCAGUCUGCAA